UCAGAUCUGGCUGGCUGCUCGUGACGUGCCGACUGAACCGAGCAGAGCCGAGACGAGCCGAGUCUCGCCGAACCGAGCGGGAGCGAUUUUUUUUCCUGGCGGAGCAGCGGCGGAGAGACACGAGCGGCGUUUGUCUGUGUGUGUGUCCGUUUGUCCUCCGCCGCCGCCUCACUCUCCCCGUCUGUCCGUUUCGGGACUCGCGACCGGCGGCUAUGGAUCCGUCCGCCUUCUGCUCUCGCCACUGAGGGACCGUCGGAUGCUCGAGCGGCCGUCGUGGCGGAGGGGGAGGACUGGGAGGGGGCAUCCCGGUCGUUCUUCGACCACCAGGCUGACUCACCAGGGCAGCGUCUGACCACAGAAGAAGAGGAGUGGAACAGGAGAAAAGAAAGGAAGGAAACGAGGAGGCAGGAGAGAGAGAGAGAAGGUGACGAGAAGGCGGCGAGGACGGGCCCUCAACCUGGGAGAAUCUGUGACGAAGAGGAGGCGCGCCACCAUGAGCGACCAGAACGUUGUCAAAGAAGGAUGGGUACAAAAAAGAGGCGAGUACAUCAAGAACUGGCGUCCUCGCUACUUCCUGCUGAAGACGGACGGCUCCUUCAUCGGCUACAAAGACAAACCGCAGGAUUCGGACCUGGCUUACCCGCUCAACAACUUCUCAGUAGCAAAAUGUCAGCUCAUGAAGACGGAGCGUCCCAAACCCAACACCUUCAUCAUCCGCUGUCUGCAGUGGACCACCGUCAUCGAGAGGACUUUCCACGUGGACACGCCGGACGAAAGGGACGAGUGGGCGGAGGCCAUCCAGAUGGUGGCCGAGUCGCUGGCCAAGCAGGAGGAGGAGGGCAUCCUGUGCAGCCCCACCUCACAAAUUGAGAACGUCAACGAGGAGGAGAUGGACACCUCCAUCAGCCACUACAAACGGAAGACAAUGAAUGACUUUGACUAUCUGAAGCUUCUGGGCAAGGGAACCUUUGGCAAAGUCAUCCUGGUGCGCGAGAAGGCCAGCGGAACUUACUAUGCCAUGAAGAUCCUCAAGAAGGAAGUCAUCAUUGCCAAGGACGAAGUCGCCCACACGCUCACAGAAAGUCGGGUCCUAAAAAACACUCGGCAUCCAUUCUUGACGUCUCUCAAGUACUCCUUCCAGACCAAGGACCGCCUCUGCUUCGUCAUGGAGUACGUCAACGGAGGAGAGCUCUUUUUCCACCUGUCACGGGAACGAGUGUUUUCCGAGGACCGCACGCGUUUCUACGGCGCCGAGAUCGUCUCCGCUCUGGACUACCUGCAUUCGGCCAAGAUCGUCUACCGGGACCUCAAGCUGGAGAACCUGAUGUUGGACAAAGACGGACACAUCAAGAUCACCGACUUCGGCCUGUGCAAAGAAGGCAUCACCGACACGGCCACCAUGAAGACGUUCUGCGGCACGCCUGAGUAUCUGGCGCCUGAGGUGUUGGAGGACAACGACUACGGCCGCGCGGUGGACUGGUGGGGCUUGGGCGUGGUGACGUACGAGAUGAUGUGCGGCCGGCUGCCCUUCUACAACCAGGACCACGAGAAGCUCUUUGAGCUCAUCCUCAUGGAAGAGAUCAAGUUCCCGCGCACGCUGUCGGCCGACGCCAAGUCGCUGCUCUCCGGCCUCCUCAUCAAGGACCCCAACAAGCGGCUGGGUGGGGGACCGGACGACGCAAAGGAGAUCAUGCGACACAGUUUCUUUGUCACCGUCGACUGGCAGGACGUCUACGACAAGAAGAUGGUCCCGCCCUUCCAGCCUCAGGUGAGCUCCGAGACGGACACGCGCUACUUUGACGAAGAGUUCACGGCGCAGACCAUCACCAUCACGCCACCGGAGAAAUACGACGAGGACGGCAUGGACGCCGCGGACAACGAGCGGCGGCCUCACUUCCCGCAGUUCUCCUACUCGGCCAGCGGGCGGGAGUGAGCGCCCCCCUCUCGUCCCGACCCGAACCCUGCCCUAAACCAACCCCGCCUGCCUCCUUUCCACCGGCGGCCAUUUUGAGGAAAACACGUAGCCAUUUUAGGGAAAACCAGUACCAGUCUCUCCUCUCUGUUGUCCCGGCGGGCGGGCGGGCGGGCGGGCGGACGGACGGAAGUCGGGAAGUCUCUCGGUGGACUUUAAAGAGUUUUUUUGCACAGUGGGCUCGCACCCACGCUAAACAGGAGUUGGCCACAUUUUUCUGCAGGAGGCCAACUUUGUUCGUAUUUAUUUUUCUCCCCGUCUCAGUAUUACCAUCUUCACGGCCAUCUUGUCCUCCUCGUCCUUGUGGUGAUGAUCGCCCCCCCCCCCCCCUAUUUUUUCCCCCCUUAUUGCACUUGCGUCGGAAGCCGAAGAUGACGACGAGACGCUUUUUUCUUAUUUUCCCGGGAACAAAGCACCAAAAACGUUGCCUUACGUGUGCUCACCCUCACCACCGUCGCAUCCGCACGCUUUUCGCUUUGUUUUGCUUUGCUCGAGACUAACGUGCAUGACUCCCGGUUCGCCCUGACCGUACCGCACGCCAAAACCACAUUUCCGUUUGUCGUCAUUGCCGUGGAAAUGCUUUCGCUAACGGGGACGAGCGUUCCUCUCAUCGUUGCUGCUGUGUGACCAUCCCCCCCCCUCUCACGUGUACACACAUGCGUACACACACACACAAUGAGUCACGUACACAAAUGUACACGACAACAUGCACGCAUACACAGACAGGAAUGUACAUGGGUACACACAUACAGACAUGUAAACAUACACAAUUGCACACAGUACAUGCAAAUACACAGCAGAUACACACAUGUACACAUUGCUACACAAACGUGUACUUAAACACAUACAAGACACCUGUGUUUGAUUUACGAAAUGCUAAUAUGCUAACGCUAGCAGGGAGGCAUGUUUGGGGAGCGCUUGAUUUAAGUUUAACCCAGCAGCUUCUCGCCCGCAACGACAAUAUGGAUUUCUACCGCGUUAGUGUAGCGAGGAGGCGCUCGAUUUGGCUUCGUCCGGGACCCGACGCGGUUUUUCAGCGCCAAAACUCAGGAGUUGUGCAUCUAGUCUGCCGGAGUUCCUAUUGUUUGUUAUUUUUAAAGGUUAGCAAGUUAACGUUAGCGGCAAAAGAAACAAAGGAAACGAAAUAAGGAAUCAUUACGUUUGCAGAAAAGUGGCGAGUUGGCGCGACACUUGUUUGUUUCGUUCCCAACACACAGACGGACUUGUGGUCGUUUCAUUCCGAGGGCGACCAAUCACCUUGAGUGCAAAUGACGCUUCCAGACGCAGAACUCUGUCUCAUUCCAGAAACAUUCCCGUGAAAUGGCACCGCCCAGUGUCAUGUACAUAGUUAUGCAAUACGCUCUCUCUUGUCUUUUUUUUGUAACCGGUCUGUCGCCAUGGGGAUGGACCUCACCCCCGUCCCAUCUCCUCCUCCGUUGCCUGCCAUGCUGUUGCUGCCAGCGACCAUUACGACAAGAGGUUGAAAGAUUCAAAAAGAAAAAGAAGUGGCAGCUUUUUUUGUUUGUUUUUUUCGCGGGUUUUCGCCAUCCUCUCUUGAGUCCCUUUCCUGUUUUUCUUUAAUUUGUUGAGCUGGUAAAAAAUGAAAAGCACCUCUGUAAAAGUUGCUGGAUGCUGAAGAUGACGAUGGGUUCAUUAACUGAAGUCUUUAUUUUUCCCUUUAGUUUUGUUUUUGAAUGGUUUGUUUUUGUUUUCUUACCAAAACGUUAGAGCAAGAACCCAGUGUUGGACUUGCUUUGCUGUGCUAGUAUUUAUUUUCAAUUAAAUUAAAACAAAUACAUUUCACCAC